UGCAAACUCGUCAAUUUCUCUCGACGAUUCCCUCGUGAUUUUUCACAUGUAAAAAGCCUCCAAUUCCCAAUUCUUCUCUCUCUCUCUUCCAUCAUCAUCUUCAUCUUCAUCUUCCUCUCUGCAACUCUCUCUCUCUCUCUCUAAUGGCCGUUGCUAUUUCUCUCUCACUCCUCCCCUCCACUCUCUCUCCCAAGCUCUCCUCCUCCAACUCCUCAAUCCUCUUCUCCUCCGCUCAAUUCCAUCCCAGUAGGACCAGAAUCCCACUCUUCCGAAUGAAACACGCCGCCGUUUUGACCUCCUCCGCUUACGCUGUCGGCGAGGACUUGCCUCUCGACUACGGCGAGGUCUUCCCCCAGCCGGAUCCGACCGACCGCAGAAGAGCCGGCGUCUUCCUCCAUCCGACGUCGUUUAAGGGACCUUACGGCAUUGGCGAUCUCGGAGAGGAGGCCUUUCGCUUCAUCGACUGGCUUCACGACGCCGGAUUCUCGCUCUGGCAGGUCCUCCCGCUCGUUCCUCCCGGCCGGAAGGCCAAUGAGGAAGGAUCACCGUACUCCGGACAGGAUGCGAAUUGCGGAAACACUUUGUUGAUAUCUCUUGAUGAGCUUGUGAAGGAUGGAUUGUUGACAAAGGAAGAGCUUCCGAAUCCAGUUGAUGCGGAGCGUGUGAAUUACGCAGCCGUUGCUGACAUGAAAGAUCCUUUGAUAACUAAGGCUGCAGAGAGGCUUAUUAUGAGUGAAGGUGAUCUUAAAAGGCAGCUUGAAGAUUUCCGCAGACACCCUGAUAUAUCAUGCUGGCUUGAAGAUGCAGCUUUUUUUGCUGCAAUUGACAGCAGUUUAGAUGCUUUUAGCUGGUACGAGUGGCCUGAACCCUUGAAAGAUCGUCAUCUUGCAGCCUUAGAAGACAUUUAUCAGAGCAAAGAGCAUUUUAUAAAUGUAUUCAUCGCCGAACAAUUUUUGUUCCAAAGGCAGUGGCAGAGAGUUCGCAAGUAUGCACAGUUAAAGGGGAUCAGUAUCAUGGGAGACAUGCCCAUUUAUGUAGGAUAUCAUAGUGCAGAUGUUUGGGCCAAUAGAAAACAUUUUAUGCUGAACAGAAAAGGUUAUCCUCUUCUAGUUAGUGGUGUUCCCCCUGAUGCCUUCAGUGAAACUGGUCAGCUAUGGGGCAGCCCCCUAUAUGAUUGGAAAGUGAUGGAGAAAGAUGGAUUUUCAUGGUGGAUACGCCGCAUACGAAGAGCACAAAACAUAUAUGAUGAAUUCAGAAUAGACCACUUCAGAGGGCUUGCCGGCUUCUGGGCUGUUCCUUCCGAAGCAAAAGUUGCAAUGGUUGGAAAAUGGAAGGCAGGACCUGGAAAAUCCUUUUUUGAUGCCAUAUUCAGAGCAGUUGGGAAGACCAACAUAAUAGCUGAAGAUUUGGGUGUCAUCACUGAGGACGUAAUUCAGCUCAGGAAGUCCAUUGGGGCACCUGGAAUGGCCGUACUUCAAUUUGGUUUUGGAAGUGAUGCUGCUAAUCCUCAUUUACCUCAUAAUCAUGAGCGCAAUCAAGUUGUUUACACUGGAACUCAUGAUAAUGACACGAUUCGAGGUUGGUGGGAUGUUUUACCCCAAGAAGAGAAGUCCAAUGUUCUGAAAUAUCUUUCAAUUAAUGAAGAAGAAGGUAUCUCAUGGGCAAUGAUAAAGGUUGCGUUAUCUUCUGUCGCCCAAACUGCAAUCAUGCCUAUGCAAGAUAUUCUUAGGUUAGGAAGUUCUGCCAGGAUGAAUAUUCCUGCAACACAGUUUGGAAAUUGGGGUUGGAGGAUGCCUAGUUCUGUGAGCUUUGAUAGCUUGGAGACAGAAGCUUUGCAACUGAAGGACAUACUGUCGAUGUAUGGGCGCGUGUAGAUUAUUGAUGCUGAGUACUUUUUUUUUUCCCCCUUUAAUAAGUGGUCAUAAACCAAUUGCAUGGUGGGCAAUCAACUUUGUUGUAAUACAAUACAGAUUUUGAUCAAUAAUUCCACAAUGCUCCCAUCUAGACUUUGUGCAUAGUAGGCAAUCAACUUUGUUGUAAUACAAUCUAAUACAGAUUUUGAUCAAUAAUUCCAGUGCAAUCCAUUUGCUUUGCGCA